CAAAUAAUUUUCUUCAGUUUGAAGCGGGAUCUGAGUGAGUACACUGUGAGUGCGCCUUCUCGUGGAUAAUUCGUGCUCACCGGGUGAACCUGAGGACUUAACCUUCUGAAGACGAAACCGUUGUAGAAAAAUCGUGAUUGCCGAGUCAACUAUAGUUCGCCCGAAUGAUGCGGCUGCAUCGACGAAAUUGGCGACCAGAUGUUGAGCUGAUGUGAGGCGAUGCGGCCGUCAUGGCUAGUGCUGGUGGCCGCGGGGGUGCUUUUGGCCGCCGGGAGCAACGCUUUCCUACUGCUGGUGCCCCCCGACCUGCCCCCCGGCACUCAGAUCGUUGAUUCGGCCCUUCCCAACGUUGGUCCGCGACGGCUGUACCUGCUGGCCGCUGAAAGGAAUGCUCCUUUCCUGCCGCAGCUCUUCAGGGUGGAUACCCUCACUGGGAGGGUCUACUUAAAACAAUCUUUAGAAUGCGCAGGCACUCGCUAUCCGCACCUGUUCUCUCUGCACAUCGAAUGUGUAACGCUGGGUCACCUGGGCUUCGUUCCCAAGGACUACCAUUCGCUGGCGUUCCGCGUGCUGAUCGCAUGUCCCUCCGUCCUAGAGCAAGGGAAAUUGGGCGGCGUGGUGUCGCAGGCUAGGCGCUGGGUCUCGGAGACUUUUGCUUCUUACUCGGUGCCCGCGUGGAGCGACGAGGAACUUGAGAGGGAGGCUUCUGUCCAGCUCAAUUACCAACAGGAAUUUCAAGUGGAAAUUCUAGCUACGGGCCGACGUGGUGGGCCUUUUUGCUUAGCAAAGAGUGACCCGAUAGCUUCCCUAACAUCGCUUUUGCCAUUUUCUGUUCAAGAACAUUGCGAGAUUCGCUAUGUGGAAGUAAGCGAUCCAAGGUUCACGGCUGAACCUCAGGGUGGUGACCUGGUGGUAACUUCUGAUCUCUGCAUCACGGAGUCCAUGUGGGAAGUGAAGGUUCUCCUUGCCCUCAACUGUCUCUCCUCCAAUACUUCCUCACUUAACAAAGGAGUUUUACAAGACUGUGAUCAUAGACUGCGCAUCGUUUUCCACAGAAGGGGCGCACUUAUGUCCCUGCCUGCUUCCUCCACUCCUAUCAGCUCUUCAGAUACUUCUCUCACUGCAGCAGCGACCAUGCUAGCCGGGAGAGUGAGAAGGGAGCUGGCCAUCAAGGCGCCAUCGUUCGAGCAGUCACUUUACCAGGCAUCCGCCAUAGAAGAAAAGCCGCCAGGACAACAGGUUGCUCUGCUGACCGCCCACGACCCUAAAGGCACCGCAAUCACCUAUUCAAUGGUGUCCAUUUUAGACUCAAGAUCGCAGGGCCUGUUCGGCAUUGAUGCGGCCAGUGGUGUGGUGACAACGAAAGCAAAACUGGACCGAGAAAGCGUCGACGUCCAUUACUUCAGAGUCACUUGCAUUGACGACUCUUUCCCUCGACUUACAGGCACCACCACUCUGAAGAUCAACGUAAUCGAUGUCAACGACCACGCGCCGGCGUUCGAGUCUUCCCAAUAUGAGGCUACAGUGCGCGAGAGUGUUUCUGUUGGCUCGACUGUAAUUACGCUGCGUGCCACAGACCAAGACAGUGGCAGAAAUGCUGAGAUCGAGUACAGUUUAAAAGCUAACUCGACUGAAGAAGACGACAUGGCGUUCAAAAUAGACCGUCGCUCUGGUGUCGUGUCCACAAGAACUGCUCUGGACAGGGAAACGAUUGAGACUUACCAACUCUUGGUUGUGGCCACAGACACGGCCCCUGUUAAUGAACGGAAAUCCUCAUCUGCCACUCUAUUUGUCAAAGUGCUUGACGACAACGACAACUAUCCGCAAUUUACUGAGAAAACCUACUCUGUGUUGGUCCCCGAGAAUAUCAAUUGGAGUCAGAAUCCAGUUAUCGGAUCAGUCAAAGCAGAGGACGCGGACCAAGGAGCCAAUGCUGUGCUAAGAUACUCGAUCAUCGGUGGCAAUACUCACGGCCAGUUUUCUAUGGACAGCUUGACAGGAGAAGUCGCUUUGGUGAAACCUCUUGACUACGAAUCGACCCGGCAGUACCGAUUGGUGAUCAGAGUGCAAGAUGGUGGCCGCCCUUCGAAAACCAACACCACGCAGAUGCUGGUCAACGUCCAGGAUGUGAAUGACAAUGCUCCACGGUUUUACACUUCUCUCUUUCAAGAAACUGUGUUCGAGUCCAUUGCUGUGGGUACCAGUGUUGUCAGGGUGCAGGCGUAUGACGGUGACGAGGGCAACAACUCGGCUAUCGUUUACACCCUUGGAGAGAGGGAGCAAGCUGGAGGACUGACCAAAGAUAUGCCGCUCUCAGUUCAGGCUGACACAGGCUGGGUGUUCACUACUAGGAUUCUAGACAGAGAGGAGCAAUCCCGGUACCAAUUUCAAGUUAUCGCCACUGACAACGGAUGGCCGCAGAAGAGUGCAACUGCCAGUGUAAUAAUAAGCGUGCAGGACGUAAACGACAACGAUCCUGUUUUCGAUCCGCGCAUUUAUGAAAUCUCCGUCGCCGAGGACGCUCCACCUGGAAUGCCGGUUGCCACAUUGACAGCGAUGGACCGUGAUGAAAACCCUCGACUGCACUAUGCUAUAUCGGCUGGAAAUGUCCGCGGCCGUUUCGGUAUAACAGCGCAAAGUGGAAGAGGAAUACUUACCGUGGCCCAGCCUCUCGACUUCAAGCUGGAAAAGAAAUUCAUCUUAACAGUCACUGCUUCUGACUCAGGCGGCCGGCAUGAUGAGGCCACUGUCUACAUUAAUGUCACUGAUGCAAACAAUUUUGCACCAGUUUUCGAAAAUGCACCGUACUCGGCCAACGCGUUUGAAGAUGCGCCGGUUGGAACAACCGUGCUAGUGGUCGCAGCGACAGACGGAGACGUAGGUCAAAACGCGCAGAUAACGUACUCUUUGGGUGGAGCUCAUGGAUCAGAAAUUCCCGCAGGGGAAAUCGGCGGCCACGAUGAGAUGGCUUUUGCUAUCAAUCCUCAAACCGGUGCUAUUACGACCACAAAAUUACUUGAUAGGGAAAAGACUGGCUCUUAUUUGCUGACUGUGACUGCGAAGGAUGGUGGAAACCCGUCACUUUUCGACAUUACUGACGUGGAAAUCGUUGUCCAUGACGUCAACGACAACGCACCAGAAUUCAGUCAACCUCUCUACAAGGGCUCAGUGCCAGAGGAUGCAUUGGUGGGGACGAGCGUAAUUCAAAUAUUGGCAACAGACGCUGACCAAGGAAUAAACGGCCGGAUUUCCUACGCUUUUCAGCCUGGUGGCAACGGAGGUGGUUCCUUUAGUGUGGAUUCUACGUCAGGAGUCAUCAGGACGGCCGAAAUGUUGGACAGAGAAAGCGUUGCUCAUUACGACUUGGUAGCACUGGCAAUCGACAAAGGCUCUCCACCAAUGACAAGCACGGUGCAGGUCUCAGUCAAAGUUGAGGACGUCAAUGAUUCGCCACCUGUAUUUGAAUCUGACAGAUUGGUUUUGCACAUUGCUGAAAACUCUCCUGUUGGAUCAACCGUUGGUGAAAUCAGGGCCAAAGAUGCAGAUGAAGGCGCAAACGCAGAUAUUCACUACAACGUAGUUGGCGGAGACGAUGCAGCAGCAUUUACUUUGGUGACGAGGCCUGGCAGUGGGGUUGCUGAGUUGGUCACGUUGACUGAACUCGAUUACGAAUCUUCUCACAAACGAUACGAUCUUGUCAUUAGAGCUUCAUCUCCCCCACUAAGAAACGACGUGCAUGUCGAGGUGCACGUCACUGACAUCAAUGACAAUGCGCCGCAAAUGAAAGACUUCCAGGUCAUUUUCAACAAUUAUAAAAACUGUUUUCCGACUGGGCAUUUUGGAAAAGUUCCAGCAUUUGAUGCUGACGUUACCGACAAACUUUCUUACCGCAUUCUUAGCGGCAACAAUGCAAAUCUCGUGCAGCUGAACGAGUCCACUGGAGAAUUGGCCUUGUCCCCACAGCUCAACACGAAUGUCCCGAAAAUUGCAUCAAUGGACAUUUCCGUAUCCGAUGGUGUCAAUGAAGUCAAAGCAAACAUGCAACUAACAGUCAGACUUGUAACUGAGGAAAUGCUUCUGAAUUCUAUCACUGUGCGACUGAGCAACAUGACAGAGCAGACCUUCCUUUCACCGUUACUGAAUUAUUUUGUAGAAGGAUUGGCGGCAAUCAUUCCUUGUCCUAAGGAAAACGUGUUCAUCAUCAGCAUCCAAGACGAUUCAGACGUGACCUCAAAAAUUCUUAACGUCAGUUUCUCGGCUCGUCGACCAGAUAGCAACUUUGAAGCGUACUACUCGCCGCAACAUCUUCAAGAGCGAGUGUAUCUGUACAGAGCUAAUCUGGCACGGUUGGCCACUGUUCAGGUUUUACCCUUUGAUGACAAUCUUUGUGUGCGAGAGCCGUGCCUCAAUUAUGAACAAUGUCUGACUGUCUUGAAGUUUGGGAACGCAUCAGGUUUUCUCCACAGCAACACAGUGCUUUUUCGCCCUAUAUAUCCCGUCACCACGUUUUCCUGCCAGUGUCCCGUGGGAUUCACGGGCAGUCGCGAGCAUUACUUGUGCGACACGGAAGUCAAUCUCUGCUACUCAAACCCUUGCGUAAAUGGUGGCACAUGCAUGCGAAAGGAAGGUGGCUACACUUGUGUCUGCAAAUCAGGUUUCACAGGAAGGAACUGCGAAAUUGACAUGAAUUUUGACACCUGCCAGAUUGGAAUUUGCCGCUCAGGCUCCACUUGCGCUCCCCUGAUAAAGGGUGGUUUCCUUUGUGAGCACUGCACUCCUGGAAUUGAGUUCAACCGUCUAUGUGAGUUGAAAACGAGAAGCUUCAACAAAGAAAGCUAUUUGACUUUCCCAGCCUUGCGACAAAGACAUCGUUUAAAUAUGAAAUUGAAAUUUGCCACCUUGGGAGAAAAUGGAUUGCUCCUCUACAACGGAAGAUACAACGAACAACAUGAUUUCAUCGCAUUGGAGCUAAUCGACGGUGCACUUCAUUUCUCAUUCUCACUAGGUCUGAAUGUGUCCACCGUCUCGACAAGAAAGUACGUUGCUGAUGGCAAUUGGCAUACUGUGGAGGUUCGAUAUUUCAAUAAAACAGCCCUUCUCAGCGUUGAUGAGUGUGACACAUCUCUUGCCCUGAAAUAUGGCUCGAAACUAGGAGAGCAGUGGGCUUGCGCAAACGUCACAAAUCAUGUGCUUGAAUCAAAAUGCUCCGUAUUCACAGAACCCUGCCACCGCUUCCUCGACCUUACUGGUCCACUUCAGAUCGGAGGCUUACCAACCCUUCCAACUCGUUUCAGAGUAAAAAACCGAGAUUACAUUGGUUGCAUUUCUGAUAUCCAGAUCGACCACAAGUUCAUCGACAUGAACAGUUACGUUGCUGACUACAACACCAAAGUCGGCUGCCCAGAGAAAAAAUCAUAUUGCAACUCUAACCCGUGCAAAAAUGGGGGCAAGUGCAAGGAGGGUUGGGGCUCAUUUAACUGCGAGUGCCCUGAAAAGUGGAGUGGAAAGGACUGUAGCGAAUCGAUUAAACUUCCUUGGAGCUUUAAAGGCGAUGGCUUGUUGUCUUUCAACCCUCUUCUGCGCCCGAUUCAGUUGCCAUGGGUCAACAGCUUGUCACUAAGAACACUUCAAGAUGAAGCAUCAUUGUUGUCUAUACAGGUGGGACAAAACAGCACGGCAAUGAUUUCCAUAAGCAAUGGCUUGGUGGAGUACAGCUACAACUCCGAGACUGUUGUCUUGACUGGCAAAGAAGUCAACGAUGGUAAGUGGCAUCACGUCGAGGCAAAGUGGAUGAUGGGUGAAAUUUGGCUCAGCCUUGACUACGGCCAAUACGAAGUGACUAUGCCUGUCACGGCGAAAACCCAAGGCAUGUACGUGGGGAAAAUCGUGAUCGGUGGCCCUGAAAGCCCGCUCGCCCUGCGACCGUCUUACGAGGGAUGCAUCCAAGACGUGCGCAUCGGCACGGGAACCGCUGGUUUGGAACGACCAACGUCCAUGGAGAAUGUUGUUGAAGGUUGUGGUGGCAGCCACGACCCCUGCGAGCCGAACCAGUGUCCCAUCAACAGCAAAUGCGUCUCCAAAUGGCAUGAAUACCACUGCGAUUGCGACAUUGGCUACGUUGGCUCUGCGUGUACUCCUGUGUGCGAAAUCAACCCCUGCGACAACGGAGCCUUGUGCAGGGAGGACUUCAUGGCGGAUAAAGGCUACAGGUGUGACUGCAACUCGGAGGAGUUUUCCGGAGAAUAUUGCGAGGUCAAAAUCGAUCAGCCUUGCCCAGCUAGUUGGUGGGGAUAUCCUGUUUGCGGGCCCUGUCAGUGUAACACUGAAAAAGGCUACAAUGCUGACUGUAACAAGACCACUGGACAAUGCUAUUGCAAAGAAAACCACUAUCAGCCAAGUGGAUCUGACGAGUGCUUCGACUGUGGCUGCUAUGCAACUGGUUCGUUUGGACGCGAGUGUGACAUGGAGACUGGUCAAUGCAAGUGCCGCAACGGAGUCAUCGGUCAGCGAUGCGACUCUUGUCCAAAUCCGUUCGCUGAAGUUACCUUACGUGGUUGCGAGGUAAUUUACGACGGCUGUCCAAAAAGCUAUGCAUCGGGCAUCUGGUGGGAAAGAACCUUAUUUGGAAAAAGUGCUGUUGAACACUGCCCUCAUGGGUCUCACGGUAAGGCCUCGAGGUCUUGUAGCGAUGACGUCGGCUGGUCAGAUCCCGACCUGUUCAACUGCACCUCCGAGGCAUUUUUGCGCCUCCGUCAAGAUCUCAAUCAGCUAGAAAUGGAAAAUCUGCAAAUCAACACUUAUUUGGCUGUUAGAUUAGCUUAUGACCUGCACAAAGCAACAAACCAAACUCCGAGUCUUUAUGGUGCUGACGUACUCAUCGCUGCUCAGUUAUUGCAACACCUUAUAAAAUAUGAAACCACUGAGAGAGGCCUCAACUUGACGCACAGUCAAGACAAGGACUAUAUCAGAAAUAUUGUCGAUACCACCAGCAUUAUUUUGAAGCCCAAAUACGGCAACCAUUGGCUGCGCAUCGAGCAGCUCACCUCAGAUACUGCUGCAGAACUGGCCGAGUCCUGGGACCAUUACCUGAAUACCUUGACAUCGAAUCAACAGGACACGUACACUAACCCAUUCGAAAUUGUCUCAGACAACCUCGUCAUUGGGCUCGAUGUGAUCACGUCUGAAUCAGUUUUCGGCUACGAGAGUCCAAAUCACGAUCUUCCCGACAUUAUCACUGCGUCGCCGUUGAGCAAAGAAAGGGUUCACUUGCCUGACACAUCUCAGUUCUUGGCCCCACCUCUGGAAGACACGGCUGACCUGAUUGAAUUGGAUGAGAUGGUGUCUGACGAAGAUGAUGUCCCUGAUGUACCCGAACCACCUCAAGAAAUCGACACGCACACUAGCUCUGGCCCCAUCGUUGUCUUUCCCAAAUACAACAACUAUCUGCAGAACAAAGACAAAUUCGAUCCGCAUUCCAAAAUCAUGGUGCCAUUAAAGCUUCUCGGCAUUGAACCCCUCUCUGAAGGCGAACUCAUAUCGAAAGAAUCUUCAACCAACCAGCGCGCGGUGCUUAGUUAUGCUCAGUUCAAAAAUGUUGGUGACCGGUUCCCGAAUCGCUUUGAUCCGUCAGUUUCACAGCGAUGGGGUGUUGAGCUAAAGGUUGGGGCACCAGUUAUCACUGUAGCUGCACUCGCUCCAGGUGGCAACAAGUUGAAAGGACACCUUAGCUCACCUGUGCGGUUUAGAUUCUGGCUGCAGGCGAAACCUCUAACGCCUCGGCUCAACCCCCAAUGUGUCAGUUGGCAGAAGCACAGCGGCCAAAGCGCUUGGUCAAGAGUCGGCUGUCACACUAGCAUUCCAGAGAAGUGGAUUGAAACACCAACUCAGCCUUUUCUUAUCAACUGUACCUGCAACCACCUCUCAACCUUCUCAGUUUUAACUGAUGUAGUUGACAUUAAGUACGUUCCUGAACCAAGCCUAAUUGAAGACCUGGUUACCUGGCUGGCUUUUUGCUUGGCUCUGCCUACCCUCCUGUGCGUGCUUGUUGGAUUGUCCAUUUUGCGCGGCGGGGCUCAGACCAACUCCAACUCUAUCCAUCUAAACUUGGUUAUUUGCGUUUUCCUGGCUCAACUUGUUUUCCUGGUAGCUCUCAAAGGCCGAAGUUUUAUGAUCCACAAUGAGUUCCCGUGCAAAAUGUCUGCCAUCCUACUGAAUUACACUUGGCUGAGCGCCUUCAUGUGGAGCCUGAUCGACGCCCUGCACUUGUACCGAAUGUUGACUGAAAUGAGAGACAUCAACCAUGGUCCCAUGAGGUUUUAUUACACGCUGGGCUAUGGUCUUCCUGCCGUCAUAGUCAGCCUGUCUGUAGGCGUCAGAGCAAACGAGUUUGGAAACUACUACUUCUGCUGGCUGAGUAUUUAUGAAGCAGUAGUCUGGAGUUUAAUUGGCCCAGUGGUUCUGAUUGUGGCGAUCAACCUAAUUGUGUUGCUAUUCGCUAUCAAAGCCGCAUUCACUGUCAAGGACCACAUCCUCGACUUUGGCAACUUACGCACCCUUUUGUGGCUCGCUGUGGUCAGUCUGCCGAUGCUUGGCCUGACCUGCGUGUUGGCUGUUCUGGCCGCAAGCGAUCAAGAGCCAGUUUUUGUCUACCUUUUGUGCGCAGCCAUCAUCUUGCAGGCCACUUUCGCCUUGCUCGGCUACUGCGUUAUCAAUGAGAAGGUGCGCCGCUCUCUCUACUGCCUUGCACUCAGGUGCAUGGGCAAAAAGGCUCCUAUCGACAUGACCGACAUGGCUGACAUCACAGUCCAGUCUUCUCUUGGUGGAAAUUCUACCAUCAAUGUUGCCAGGAGAUCUGCUCUUGCUUAUCACAACUCCUCCUCGAGAGCCUAUGGCAAUAAUUCAGUGAGGAGAAACUUGGGCAUUUCCACCUCAAGCACUACAUCGAGGUCAACGUGCAAGACCAGCAGCAGCCCUUACAGUCGCAGUGACACACAACUGAGGAACACGUCGACGUCGACCAGUAAUUAUAACUCUACAAGCGACGUCCCUUCAUACAUGCGAGAAUUUGAUCCAGACGUCACUCUGCGAGAGGAGGACGAAGACAGGAGGAUGGCUCGCAGAAGGAGAAACUCUGAAAGCUCUGAGAAUUCAGCCACUGGGCCAAGCCUUGACUUGGCAUCUAGUCAUAGCAGUGACGAGGAUGAAGCAGAGAGGAGCAGAGCAAAUGACUCGCAAAGUGAAGUUCUGGCGGUAUCAAACGUGUCCCACUAUGUGCCAAACAUCACCGAUCCACCAGUGACUACGAUGCACCAGCAGACCAUCAACCUGACGUCGAUGACAUCUGUGGGCUUCAACAUCACCUCAAACACGAGCCCCCUGUUUCCCGACCUGAAGCCAAUGUACGCGCCCAGGUGGUCCAGUCAACUGCCUGACGCCUACAUAACCUCAAACACGCCAAAUUACGCAGCUCGGGACCGAUGGUCAGGGGGCCAGGGCUCGACGCCGACCGUGUCAGACAAUGAAGACUGCUUGGACGAGAGAGGGGGACUGGCCCACCGCGGACUGGACAUUGUGCCAGAGAUGGACUCACCGCCGGACCCUCCAGACUUGGAGAAGAUGGUCAACUCGCAAGAGAAUCUCAAUGACCUCGGAUCUCAAACGUACUCGGAAAAGAAACUUGGUUUUGAGGAGAAAUAUAUGUUUUAUCCAGGCAACAAUGGCCGCCACCCCCGAGAGUACCUGAACAUGAUGGCCAACAAAAGUAACCGGCCGCUGGGCCCAAGUCCUCUGAACGAUGUGAAUCGGCCGCCGUCACACGCCGAGUACUACAGCCCGAACCCAAGUCCUCUGCCCAGGAUCACGAGGAACCCUCUGGCCAACAUGCCGGCCAUCCUGGCGCCAAUCACGUCUGGCAACAUCUCUGAGUCUGAGAAUAUGAAUGAAAUUGAUGAUGUAGCAGACCUAAACGAGGAAACAUCAGUGUAAAAAAAUAACCGAAUCUUCUGCUCAAUGAGGAAAAACACCAAAGCAUCACAUUUUGUCACAAAAAAGACUCUUAACCCCCGUGAAAACCUAUAAGUGUACAGCUGUUGUGUAUUUAUAUAAAUGCGGAGCGAAAAGGUGUAAAACUAGAGAGAAACUAUUAUAUUGAUCGGUUGAAUCAGGUGAGAAUGAUCAAAAACUGCCAUUUCAUCGUGUUAGAAAAGUAUCAAUCUAUCCUGUGCCAUCUCUCCUUAUCCAUUCAUUCACUUAUUUAUUGAACAUACCAAAACCAAACAAAUCUCGGGAGUUUUGGACAAACAACAAAAGUGCAGUGCCUAAUCUAUAAAUAACCAAUUUGCCUUUGAUUUUUCGACAAACGCUCUCUCGUGUGUGCCUCUUUUUCGAUGCAAACGAAGCAAUUAUUUUUGAUCUCUGAGGCAAAGCAUUCCAUUUUUUGAAAGUUGACGUCCCCGAGAUGGUGUACCACUUGAUAUUUGUACUCAUGUGAUUUUUGUACUGCUUAAUACUCUCUCAUUUUUAUCAAUAUCAGGCAUUUACACUCUCUAUUAUUUAUAAUGAUGUAUGUGCAUAUAUUGUAAUACUUUGUUGUACAACCGAAUUAUGUAAUAAAAAUGAGCCUACAAAGCAAAUACUUCUA